UUCGGAGGAGAGGCCCACUAAGAUGCGCAAGCUGGAGAACGGCGAGCCGGAAAACUCUUCAGCCAAUGCUCCGUCACAAGCCGAUAUCUCUUCGACCGCAUCAGCAGCUCAAAAAGAACAAACCAUCUCCCAAGAAGAAGCCAACACCGCAUCCUCAGAAAACACCGAACCCUCCCUCCCAAACCCCACCACAUUCGCUCCCCUCCUCUCCUCAACUCCCACAUCAAACGACCCACCCCUCUCCAAAUCCCAACAAAAAAAACUCAAAAAACGUCUCGAAUGGGAAUCCUCCGCCGCCUCCCGCAAAGCCUUCCGCAAAGAAAAACAGACCGCCAAACGCGAACGUCUCCGCGCGCACAAAGCCUCCCUCCCCCCCGCUCCUCCCAAACCCCAACCUCCACGAGCCAUCCAACUCCCCAUCACAAUCCUCAUCGACUGCAACUUCGACGACCUCAUGCAUGAAGGCGAGCGCACGAGUUUGAGUUCCCAGAUCACGAGGUGUUACUCGGAUAAUAAGAAUUCGGGGUUUCGGGCGCAUUUGGCGAUUUGUAGUUUUGGGGGGAAGUUGAAGGAACGGUUUGAUGAGGUGUUGAAGGGGACGUAUUUGAGUUGGAAGGGGGUGAGGACUUUUCCGGAGGGGUUUGUGGAGGUGGCGGGGAAGGCGAAGGAGUGGAUGGGUGCUGAGGGCGGUGGAAAACUCAAAGGUGUCUUCGACCGUCCCGAGGACCCCACGGAUGAAGAAAUCGAAAAGCUCAAAGCAGCCGGCGAAGUCGUCUACCUCACCUCCGAAGCAACCUCAGACCUGACCGAGUUGAAACCCUACAGCACCUACAUCAUCGGCGGCCUAGUCGACAAAAACCGCGCGAAAGGAAUCUGCUUCAAGCGCGCGACGCAAGCGGGGAUCAAGACGGCGCGACUCCCGAUUGGAGAGUUCAUGGAGAUGCAGAGUCGCAAAGUGUUGGCCACGAAUCAUGUGAAUGAGAUUAUGGUGAAGUGGUUGGAGUGCGGGGAUUGGGCGGCGGCGUUUAUGAAGGCGAUUCCGAAGAGGAAAGGGGGGAAGUUGAAGGGCGAGGGUGGGGAGGAGGAUGAUGCAGGUGAGGGGGGCAAGAAUGGUGGCGAAGAUGAGAAAGAGGGCAGCAAGAAUGUCUCCUCUCCAAUUCCUUGA